UGUCGUGCGCAACAUGGCGGCGCCCAGGGAGGCUGAGGAUGCCGGCGGCCGGUGAGAAGUUCCGGUCGCCGGUGAGAAGCUUCGUGCGGCCCGAGGGCGCAGCGUGCGGUUCCUCCGCUCAGUGUUCCCCGCGCUCACAUCUCGCGCGGUCGUUCUCCCAGGCCCCCGCGCGAUGUGGAGGAGCUGCCUCCGGCUGCGGGGCGGGGGUCGCCACCUCCUGAACUGCCCCCGGGGUGGCCUCACCGCCUCCAGGGGGCCCGGGCCAAAACCCCCGGCCCACGCCCGGGCCUACGCGCCCCCAGCAGCAGAAAGGAAGAGGUUCUAUCAGAAUGUCAGCAUCACACAGGGUGAAGCUGGCUUUGAGAUCAAUCUGGACCACAGGAAGCUGAGGACUCCCCAAGCCAAGCUCUUCACCGUCCCCAGCGAGGCCCUGGCCGUCGCUGUGGCCACUGAGUGGGACUCUCAGCAGGACACCAUCAAGACAUACACCAUGCACCUGACCACACUGUGCAACACGUCUCUAGACAACCCGACCCAGCGAGACAAGGACCAGCUCAUCUGGGCAGCCGCAAAGUUCCUGGACACUGACACCGUCUGCUGCAGGGUGGAAGAACCAGAGACGCUGGUGGAGCUGCAGAGGAACGAGUGGGACCCAGUCAUAGGCUGGGCCGAGAGGAGAUACGGCGUGAAGAUCGGCUCCUCCACCAGCAUCAUGGGGCCCAGCAUCCCAGCCCGGACUCGGGAGGUGCUGGUCAGCCACCUGGCCUCUUACAACAUGUGGGCCCUACAAGAUCCAGAAGUGGGGCAACGUCGAGUGGGCCCACGACUACGAGCUGCGGGACCUGCGGGCGCGCACGGCCGCCGGCGCCCUCUUCGUGCAACUCUGCUCCGAGAGCUCGGCCGUCAAGCACAAGCUGCUGCAGGGGUGAGGCCGGGCCCCAAGCCACGCGGCUGGUGGAGGCCAGCUCGGGCCGAGGCAGGGGGCGUGGGUACGAGUGAUUAUAUUGAACGAUUCUUUGCCUCGAAACGCGUGGCGCCUCCACUCGUUGCCCCUCCCGUGGUCCCCGAGGCCACCCUGCCCACCCACAGGGCACGUGCUGCUUCCGCCGGGGAGCUCUGCAUGGCCCUUAGCCCCAAGACUUUUGUUUUCCGGUUUUUAAUCAAACAGUCUUUUAAAACUGAGUCCCUCUUGGUCCGAGCCAUCUGUUUCUGCUUGUUUGUUCCUACUGUUUUAGCAAAAAUGAUUUACUCUUAAAAAUAGAAAGUAGGGUUUCCCUGGUGGCGCAGUGGUUACGAAUCCGCCUGCCAAUGCAGGGGACAUGGGUUCGAGCCCUGGUCCAGGAAGAUCCCACAUGCCACGGAGCAACUAAGCCCGUGCGCCACAACUACUGAGUCUACGCUCUAGAGCCCGCGAGCCACAACUACUGAGCCCUCGCACCUAGAGCCCAUGCUCCGCAACAAGAGAAGCCAUGGCAAUGAGAAGCCCACGCACCACAACAAAGAGUAGCCCCUGCUCGCCACAACUAGAGAAAGCCCGCGCACAGCAACAAAGACCCAACACAGCCAAAAAAAUAUAUAAAUAAAUUUUAAAAUAUAUAUUUUAAAAAACAAAGUAAA